GUGAAACACACAUUAUCACGUCGACACCAGAAAAAAUGGGUGUAAUGUUUGGAAUGCCAAGAAUGGCAGGAAGAAGAACUGAUGACACCUUUUUGAUGGGAGGUGGUGGAUGGAGGCAGAAACCAUUCUACAUUAGACACUUUGGUGAUAGCAACACGGUUACAAGACCAAUGCUACAAGAUGCCAUCUUGAAACUGCUCAAGCGUACUGGAAUCAAGAAUUCUGAAUCUGAAGGUGGCGAAGACAGUGAUGAACAAGUACCCGAUAGUGAAGAUGAUGAAGAUAUGGAGUACAGGAUACCAAGAGUAGAAACUGAACAAACAAUUGAAGAUAUGGUUAAGCUAUUAUGCUUGUUUAUGUGUAUUACUUUGUUUUUUACAACAAAAGAUGCUCAUAAACUCAAAGAAAAGUACUUUGGUUUAGUUGAUGAUCUCGAGAAGUCAAAGAAUGUAUCUUGGCCUGACCUGAUACAUAGUUUCUUAGAGAAGAAAAUCAAUCAGAACUACAACACUCCCGAGGACAUCACUGGUUGUGUCGUCUAUUUGUUGUUGUUGUAUGCGGAGCAUACUCACUUGGUGAAACCAGUGACGUUACCAGAUGAUCGAUACCUUCCAAGAGCGGCAAGGUGGAACAUCAAAGAAAUAUCUGUUGAGUUUCUAAAGGAUAUGGAGGCUUCCAAUACACAGCUUCCAGUUGAAGAGGUGCCAUUGACAGUAGAUUGGCAAGAAAAGUUCGAGGAUUUGGAAGUAAAGAAUGAAAAUUUGAGGCUGACAAUUGCAGAAAAAUGGGGUGAGUUACAGAGCAGGAAAGAGGACGGCCUCCCCAUUGAUGUGAGUAUCCUAGAAGAGCUUUUGAAUGAUAUAUCACAGAGCUUACCCACCUCCACAACCAAACUCGGGAGAGAAGAAUCUAGCAGUAGCUCUGAAGAAGAAUCUAAGUAG